GGUUAUCCGGCGGAGCAGCAGGCAUGUGGGGGUAGCGAUAUGCAUGGGCCCACACGACAUGGACAUGGGUGUGAACAGCAUUUGUACCAUGGCGUGUGCACACGGGGUGAAUAAUGUCAGGAACACGCGUGUGCACAGAGGUUGUGAUGCAGCAGGCAGAGGCAUGUGCACAUGGCAAUGAAGAGCAACAGAGACACGUGUGUGCACGAAGGCAAACGGCAACAGGGACACACAUGGGCAUAGAGGCAUGAAAAGCAGCAGGGACACACAUGUUCACUCAGAGAAUGAACAGAAGCAAGGACGCAUGUGCACGGGUGGUGAACAGGGUCAGGGAAAACACAUGUGUGCAUGGGCUGAAUAGAGUCAGGGACACACAUGUGCAUUCAGUGGGUGAACAGCAGCAGAGACACACGUGUGCAUGAGUGGGGAACAGGGUCAGGGACAACACGUGUGCAGAAGGGUGAAUAGUGUCAGGGACAUGCGUGUGCACUCUGUGGGUGAACAGCAGCAGGGACACAUGUGUGCACUUGGAAUGCACAGAAGCAAUGACACGUGUGUGCAUGGGUAGCGAACAGGGUCAGGGACAACACACGUGUGCAGAUGGGUGACUAGUGUCAGGGACACGUGUGUGCACGCGGGGAGAACAGCAGCAAGGACACGCGUGUGCAUGGGUGAAUAGUGUCAGGGACACGUGUGUGCACUCGGAAUGCAGAGAAGCAAGGACACGCAUGUGCAGAUGGGUGACUAGUGUCAGGGACAUGCGUGUGCACACGGGGAGAACAGCAGCAAGGACACGCGUGUGCAUGGGUCAAUAGUGUCAGGGACACGCCUGUGCACUCGGAAUGCACAGAAGCAAGGACACGUGUGUGCAGGGUGGCGAACAGGGACAGGAACAACACGCGUGUGCAGAUGGGUGACUAGUGUCAGGGACACGCGGGUGCACACGGGGAGAACAGCAGCAAGGACACGCGUGUGCAUGGGUCAAUAGUGUCAGGGACACGCGUGUGCACUCGGAAUGCACAGAGGCAAGGACACGUGUGUGCAGGGUGGCGAACAGGGACCGGGACAACACGCGUGUGCAGAUGGGUGACUAGUGUCAGGAACAUGCAUGUGCACAUGGGGAGAACAGCAGCAAGGACACGCGUGUGCAUGGGUUAAUAGUGUCAGGGACACGUGUGUGCACUCGGAAUGCACAGAAGCAAGGACACGUGUGUGCAGGGUGGCGAACAGGGACAGGGACAACACGCGUGUGCAGAUGGGUGACUAGUGUCAGGGACACGCGUGUGCCCGCGGGGUGAACAGCCGCAGGGACACGCGGGUGCCCUGGGCCGGGUCUAUCCCGUGCCCGCUCCGCAGGGUCCCCACUGGCCGCGCCAGGGUUACAGCCCCGGCGCCGCAGCCCGGGCCGCCCGCGGGAGCGCACGUGGCUCCCCCCGCCCAGGGCCCUUUGUCCGCGGCUCGCCGCGUCUGGCCCCGCAGGGCGGCGGCUCCAGCCUCACUCCCGCUGCUCCCCGGCUGCAGGGGCGGCGCAAGGUGCAGGAGCGGAUCCUCCGGACGCGCCGGGAGCUGGAGGAGGAGAAACUCCGAGCCCAGCAGCUCAAGAGGAAGUCCCUGCGAGACCAGUGGCUGAUGGAGGGGUCGUGUCUGCCCCCCGAGAACAACCCCACCUCCCCACUAUGGCAGACACAGUCCCGCAUCCAGGAGUUAGAGCAGGACCUGUCCAGCCUCCAGUCCCAGAUGCAGCAGCUGGAUAACCCGGAGCAUCACGGCAGGCCCCACGAGGCCUUGGAAGAUGCCAAGCAGCCAGCCGGAGGCACCUGUGAGGCCCGUGGGGCUGGCUCUGCUUCGGCAGGUGGGGGGGGUUGUGGCUGCGAGACCGAACCUGCCCUCCGCCUGGCUCCAGUGCCCCCCAAGAGGGCCAUGCGAGCAGCAGCCCGGGAGACCCUGGAGAACGGGGAUGUGUCGAGAGCAGGUCCCUUUGGCGUGGAGGGUGUUGGCCCUGGGGAGGGCAAGACUGACGCCAGCUCUGUGGCUCCGGGAACUCAGGAUGACGGGGCGGGGGCGUCCGCCAAGCAGCCGGAGAAGCUGGGUGUGGGCAAGGUGGAGAUGAUCAUUAGAAACCACCUGGGCCAGGAAGUGGGCAGCAUGGACGCCAUCGGGCGGACGUCCCCGGAGACGGAGGGGGAAGCUCCCCGGGGAGAGAACGGGUUGGAGGAGGCUUGGGACGGAAGGACCGAGCGGGAGCCGCAGAGCCCGCCCGCCCUUGUGAGUGACGCCCUGGACAGCGGGAUGGAGGAGAGCGUGGCAGGGGAAGGGAGCAGAGAGGGGCCGGAGGGGGAAUCCGGGGCACUGGACGGGGAGGCGCAGGCCCUGCCGGAUGAGAACUGCUGCCUCGAUUCCCCGAGGCCCGAGCCGGACGGGGAGCUGGAGGAACCGAGCAGGGUCGUGGAAGAGGGGGAGAUCUCGGCUGAGCCACGGGGAGCCACGGGAAUGGAUGCGGCAGAGGCUGCCCAGAGGUCUCAGGGCAGGGCAGCAGAACCAGAGAGGCCGGAGGAGCUGGGACCCACCCAGGGGAGAGGCCCUGUGUGGCAGGGGCCCGCUAGGGAACGGGAGCGUCAGGUGUCCCCCGGGACAGAGCGUCCCCAGGCUGCAGGGAUGGGGGAAAGAGCAGAGACAAAGGCUUAUUCGCAGGACUGGAUCCCCUCCCCCCAAGAGGCUAAAGGAGCUCUGCAGGACCAGAUCCCAGCUCUGCAGGGCCAGAUCCCCUCCCCCCAAGAGGCUAAAGGAGCUCCGCAGGACCAGAUCCCAUCAGUAGUCCAGGACCAGGCCCCUUUCUCUCUGCAGGAGGCUGAAGUAUCUAUGCAAAACCAGAUCCCACCUGUGCAGGACCAGAUCCCAUUGUCUCUGCUGGAAGUUAAAACAUCUCUUCAGGGCCAGAUCCUCUCACCACAAGAGGCUAAGGCAGCGCUCCAGAACCAGAUCCCUUCCUCUCUGCAGGAAGCUAACACAUCUCUCCAGAACCAGAUCCCAUCUCCCCAAGAAGCUACAGUAGCUCUGCAGGACCAGAUCCCUUCCUCGCUGCAGGACCAGAUCCAAUCUAUGCGGGACCAGAUCCCUUCCUCGCUGCAGGACCAGAUCCCUUCCUCGCUGCAGGACCAGAUCCCUUCCUCGCUGCAGGAAGCUAACACAUCUCUGCAGGACCAGGUCCCUUCACCCCAUGAAGCUAAACAUUCAUUCCACAGCCAGAUCCCCUCCAGCCAAGAGCCAAUCCCUGCCCUUCACGGGGAGCUACCACUUACCCCACGGGAGUUGCCAUCCGGCAGAGCACCAGGCCUGGAGCAGGUGCCUUCCCGACCCAGGGAGAGCAUGGCCCUGAAAGGAGGCAGCGGCACUGGCCCGGUUCCAUCGACUGCAGAAGAAACCACCGAAAACCUGGGGAAGCUCCACCCGGAGCAGCAGCCUCUGCUCAAGGAAGCCUCUGGGCUCCAGACGGGCCAGAAGGCGCCACUAGAUCCCGCGGCCAGGAGCCUGCAGCCAGGAGCUGGCACCUUGAAGUCGCUGGCAGCUGUGAGCCCAGAGGCCCCGACAUACACCACCGCCUCUGCCAACACCGCCUCUCCGUGCCAGGGCAGGAGCGCCACCACCCCCCGGCCGGGAGACGGGCAGGAGACGGGCAGACGCAAGCAGAAGACGUGCCAGUGCUGCUCUGUCAUGUGAUCCCGGGCGCUGGCAUGGGGCGGCGAGAGCCCCAGCCGGAGACUGGCUGAGCAGAGGGACCUUGCUCCAGUGACUGGGGGCCCCUGCAGCCGCAGCUCAGCCCCUGGUGUUUGAAUUCCCCCGGGGAGGCUGUGCAUUUGUACCGCCUGAUGUUUUCCUAUGGAGAGGUGCCUGGGGUAGGCUGUUAGUUGGGGGGGCACCUGUCUCCUGCUGGCAAGACAUAGCUGCUGCGCUAAUUUCACGUCUGAUCGGUUCUGUCCCAAGCCCCUGCACAGAGGGGUCCUUUUCCUUCCAUCCCUGCCCCCCUCUGGAGCUCUGAGUGCUGGGCAAAGGGGGGAGGGACGGGGGUCUCCUGUUCCUGGGUGUUCAGGGCCCCAGCUCACACUUCUGCACACGCCUGUAUACAUGCACGCUCGCCCCCCCCCCGCAUGAAUGCACAUGCAUGCACACACGCCCCUGCCCGAAUACAAACCUCUGCAUACAAACACGUGUACACGCGCCCGGUCUCCCGCACACCCCUGACUACGCAGACAAGCCCCCAGGUACAAAUACAUGCUCACAAGUGCACGUACACCCUCUCCCCCCCAGUACAGAAGUACACACGGACACAAUGCUUACCCCUCUGCACACAGACACUGCACACGCAUCACAGCCCAGACCGCUGCACUCACACACACAGGCCCCACACAAUCGCAGGUGCACUUGGGCACACUGGCAGGCACCUGGCCAGAGGCCGGUGCACACCCGGACGUACACACGCCAGCACGUGGGAUCGCUCCGCGUCCAGCUGAGCUGGGCCCGGCCCGGCUGCCUGCUCCCCAACACGUCUCGGCCGAGAGACCUUUCCCAGAGUCAUCGCCGCGCCAGGAGGGGGUGCCCCAGAAACCGCCUCCUCCCACAGUCCUCAGCACAGCUUUCCCGCGCCUGCAUCUGCCCCUUGCAGGACCAAACCCCCUUUCCCAGCUCUGGCUCGGGCAGCCCUGGAGCUCAGUAAUGGGACAGGCUGGAGCCGCCCGAGCCUGAGGUAUUUCGGUGUCCCGGAGGCUCUGGGCAUCAGUAGAACAGCCCCCAAAGCUGGGUUUGUCUCUGCCCCCCCCCUUUAACCCGCUCUUGUUUGGAAUGGGGAGUGUGAGCCAGGCACGCGGGCUGGCCUUGAGCCGUCCAGCAGGGGUCAGUACUGAGUGAUUCGCAAUUAAAGUCACUUUCCAUGGGAA